GAUAAGUGCAGAAUCAACCCAAAAGAAAUAUUUAGAUAUUUUUUAUUUCAGCAGUAAUAAUGUAUGUUUUUGUUUAAUUUAUGUGAAAAAUUGAGGAAUCUUGAUAAGGAAUAUUUUGUUGCAACUUGCAACGUUGGCAACAUUGGUGACAACAAAGUUAAGGUAUUAAAAAAUCUAAGAAGGGAUGUAGUAAGAAAUGUACAUAUUCCUGCAAGCCCUCUUCAGCAUGCGCCUCUCACACUUUUGUCUGAGGAUGAACAAGCCAUGAAAGAAACAGUGGCUAAGCUAGCCAAGGAACAAAUAGGUCCCUAUGUUCGUGAAAUGGAAAAAAAUGGAAAAUUUAAAGAUUCUGUCAUUAAAAUGUUGUUCGACAAUGGGCUGAUGGGGAUAGAAAUAGAUACAGACUAUGGUGGAGCUGGAUGUAAUUUUAUGACUACCAUCUUGGCCAUAGAAGAAAUAUCUAAAGUAGACCCUGCAGUGGCAGUUUUAGUUGAUAUUCACAAUACCUUGGUUAAUGCUGUGAUAAAGAAAUUAGGGACCAAUGAACAAAAGGAAAAAUAUUUACCUCGUCUAGCUACCGACAUGUGUAGUAGUUUCGCCUUAUCAGAAACAUCUUCAGGAACUGAUGCAUUUGCCUUGAAAACAACUGCGGAAAAAGAUGGUACUGAUUAUAUUUUAAAUGGGUCAAAAAUGUGGAUUUCCAAUUCUGAUUUAGCGGGUCUGUUUUUAGUUAUGGCCAAUGCCAAUGCUGCAGAGGGUUACCGAGGGAUAACCUGUUUCCUUGUAGACAGAGACUUGCCCGGUUUAAGUGUGGCCAAAACGGAGAAUAAACUAGGAAUUUGUGCAUCGGGGACAUGCAUGGUGAAUUUUGACAACGUAAGGGUACCUGAAAGCGCAAUCCUUGGAAAGUUCGGACAGGGGUAUAAAAUUGCCGCUGGAUUUCUAAAUGAAGGCAGAAUAGGGAUCGCUUCACAGAUGGUUGGCCUGGCUCAAGGAUGUUUCGAUGCCACCAUUCCUUACACGUUAGAAAGGAAGCAAUUCGGGCAGCCAAUUUUUAAUUUUCAGUCUAUGCAGCAUCAAAUCUCGCAGAUUGCCACGCAGAUAGAGUGUGCGAGACUUCUCACGUACAACGCAGCUCGCCUCGUUGAAGCAGGGGCUCCUUUUGUCAAACAAGCCGCGAUGGCAAAGUACUUUGCUGCCGAAGCUGCUCAACAGACUUGUAUAAAAUGCAUCGAUUGGAUGGGUGGUGUCGGUUUUACGAAGGACUUUAUACAAGAAAAAUUUUAUAGAGACGUGAAGAUUGGUAGUAUAUACGAGGGAACUUAUAAUAUACAAUUAAGUACAAUUGCCAAAUAUCUCCAACAAGAAUAUAAAUAGAAUUUCUAUAUUUUCUAUAAUUUUUAAAUUGGGAAUAAACGCACCGUUAGUUUACUA